AUGGAGUCCGAACGGAGAGACGGGGGACCGCCUCGAGACCCCAUGGACUGGAUGAUCUACCUCGCCGGCGGCAACGUCGAUGGAUCCGGAGGACAAUGGGACAAUAUCACGCGGACGUCGUACUUCUCGCGCAUCACGGGCGGCAGCGUGGAUCUUUGUGCCUCGCCUCUGCUCUGCCGCGGGUUUUCGAUGGCGUCUCUCCCGCUGACUCCGAUCGAAAACAGCGCCGUGCCGAGUCCCGCGCGGCUUUCGCGGCGCGUGUCUCCGUCGCCCCUCGCCCGAGAGCGCGCGGGCCUGGGCCUCGUGUGGGGUGAAGAAGGGACUCUCGCGGAGACGCGGCAAAGCCGCCUCCUCACGCGGCCACCCGGAUUCGAUCCGCCAACAUUCGCCCCCUCGCCGGUGCCCUCGCUUCUCGGGAGGCGUCGGGUCGGCGGACCCCGUCUCCUCGGGUCGCCUACCCCGUCUCCGCCGCCCGGGCUCGGGUUCGUCUCUCUCUCCAGGGCCACAUCUCCGUUCUGUUCGCUGCAGCCCAUGCCUGUUUUGGCGGCGCCGCCGGAAGCCAGCCACGCGCCUGCGCCUGCGGAGGUGAUACCUACGCCGGCUGCCCCCGGCACCUGGGGAGACGCCGAGCACGUCUCUCAGUGGCUGAGCAGUCAGGUCCCUGACCCGCAGAGCGUCUCCUGCUUGCAAGGCGGCGUCGAGCGCGCAGUCCGCGCGGCCUCGCUGUUGAAUAUGGGGACUGGCAACGGGCAGGGAGAGGGCGGAGACGAAGGAGAGGGGGCGGCGCGGAGCCGACAGGGCUUCGCGGAUUCCGCAGCAGACGGCACACAGCCAGGCGACCAUGCAGAGGGGACCGACGACCUGCGGAGGCGUGAGCGAGAAGGGGUUAGUGGACGCAGCGCUGCCUUGUCCCCCCGUGAUGACGGGAGCCCCCGAGGUAGCCGCGCUAUCCAGCGACCGCUUUUGCCAGCCCGCCUUGCAUCCGCGGUUCAAGACAGCCGAGACAACCUCAGCUGCUUGACAGGCGCCCUCGCAGCAUCUCGGCUGUCUUCGAGAGAGUACGAAAGCGACUUCGAUCUGCCCUUCUUCGUCCAGUCUCAGCGGACUCGCGAUCGAUGCCGCCGGAGGUCUCUCGAUUUCCAGCGCAUGUGGCAGGAGAAUCGGGCGCCCUGCUUACCCGCCCACUUGCGGAUACCGGGAGUACAGAGAUACAUGAGGACAGGGAGCGUGUCGCCGAAUCACGGUUCUGCUGAGUCUCCCAAGGAGCCUGCCGACGCUUCGGCUCGGGCCCCGCGACCUGAGGAGGCGCCCGCGGCGAGCAGCGAACGGGAGGCGGCAGCAGCUGAGACAGGGAUCACCGAGGAGUUGCUGUUCAACGCGAACGCUGCAGUGGAGGGGACGACGCUGUACAGUACCCUCAUGUACGAGCUGGAGACCACAGGGACUCUGUCGAUUUUGACUGCGGGUUCGCCCCUCUUCAAGGCGGCCCCCAGCCCGAUGGGACUGGGAAAACGCCACACUAAUCCGUUCCUUCCAUCUACGUUGCCGUCGCCCUUGUUUGGCACGCCUCUUCCCCAGGAAGCGCACACUCCGUCUGCGGGCUCGCCCGCCGCUUCUGCUGCAGAAGCGGCGUGCAGCAGCGACGAUGAGGGAGAGAAGAAUAGAGCGGAGACUGGAAGCCAAGAUCAUAACUCAGUCUCGAGUGAGGGCCUGCGAGCCGCACGACCAGGGAAAAAGGAAGGCAGCGACAGCCACGAGGGUCAUGCAGACGAGGAUUCGUUUCUGCGCAGAGCGAGCGGCAGCACCCGCGCGGAGGACGACAGCGGCUCGUCCGGAGGCGCGGGGAAGGACACGAGUAGCCGAGAGGGUUGGUCGGAAGCGAAGGAAGAAGACGACGACGCCGAGGAUGAACGAGAGGCCGUAGCGGGCCUGGGCGCCCUUGUGCGCGACCAGAAUGUAACCACACUCCCAGGUUUCAUGGCGGUCGGCAGGUAUGAAUCGGGUUUGCUUCCGAGACUCCCCACGACCUCGGCUCAGGGGGCGGCAGAAGCUUCUACAACGCCUUUUCCUUCGCCCCUGCUGCCUGCCGGCGCGGACGCAGCCCACGCCGACCAGCUGGCGGCAAACGUGGCACGGGCACUGGGGCUGGAAACCAAGAGGAAGAGAAAACUCAGCGGGAAAAUCGACGCAGCCGACCUGGACUACAGCGACCUGUUGGAGGGCUCUUUUUUUGCUCGGUCCGUCCACAGAGGCCGACAGAUGGUCGCCGACAUGAGGGGCUCACGAAGAAAACACAAGGGGGGACGGUGUCCGUCUCCGCCGCCUUGCUCGCCGGCUGCAGACGACCUCUCUUUGAUCCACUGGCCUCGCAGACACAGUGGCAAGCCGAACGGGAAAGAAGAGACAGCAGUGCGGGAGACUGAACAAGGCACGGGCACAGCAAAGUCUCUGUCUUCCUCUAGUGAAUCUGCAGGAGCGCUUUUUGGUUCUCUGGAAGAGAAGCAGGCGGACGGACACGAGGGAAGUCUCGGGCUGGGGGGAGGCUGUCCGCUGGCCGUCAAGAAGGAACAAGCCGAGCCGCAGGAAGGAGAGAAGAAAGAUCAAGAAAACGCGGCGACUGCGGGGGCGGGUCUCUCGUCAGCGGGACUCGCUGAAGAGCUCGCGUCCAAAGGCUCGCCAACACAGACCCCGGGGCAGUCGACUGCCAACGAGACGGCGGCGUCUGCAUGCAGCUCUUCCGGCCCCGUGAAGGCCUCGGGGACAGGAGGGGGCGUGGAUUGUUCCCCGGACGAGGAGGGCUUUGUCGACACGACGGACGGGGUUGAGGGUUCGGGCUGCUCUGAAAAGUGGCCGCAACUACCUCGGUCUUGGUUUUUCCCCUCCUUUUCUGUCUGGCAGAAUGCCGACGAUAAAGGGGACGGAGGCACCUGGCGAGUCGCGGGCGGCAUGCACAACGGCUGGAGGGGAACGUGCGACGUUUGGAUCUACCGGAAGCUGCCGGAGGGCAGGGUCGAAGGAGACGAGAAGAAGAAAGACGGCGACAAAAAGAGGUCCGGCGGGAAAGGAAAACACGUGCUUCCUACUCUGCCGCAGCAGCCGGCAAGCGCCAGCAGCAAGCAGCGUCCUCCUGGAGCGGACGCGACCCCUUCAACCGCGGGGCGUCUGCCACCGCCCGCUGGAUCGACUGGAGUGGAGACUGGCGAGGGAGGCGGCCGGGCCGCCGCGUUGCCGGUACGAGAGGAAACGCCUGCUCCACUUGCGCUCUCAGGCCGUGACAGCUGUGUAGGCGAAGCGAAGGGAAUGACGGAGGGUGCCGCGGCACAGUCCUCCUCGUCGCCCCUGCUCGACGCCCAGACGGAGGGGGAGGCAGCCGGCGAAGGCGAGGAGAAGAGAGAGGCUCUCUGCGCGGCGAGCGCCGCGAGCCGAGCCUCGGAGGGCGUGGCGCGGAGUGGGUGCGCCCCUGGAGGGAUGGGAGAGGGGGACAGAGAGCCCAGGGGUGCCAAGAAGGACGAGGGGACCGACGCGCGCGCCGAGAAGAAGAGGGACCUGUCGGCGCUUUCGUACGAAUUGCGCGUGAAGCGCUUCUCGUUUCUCAUACACGGCCAUGAGAGGGCCGCCCUGCUGGCCUCCAAGUACUGCGCAUAUUUCGACGUGUUCGGAAGGACACGAGGCCGGCUCUCCGUGUGCGUCAACUGCUGCCGGGAGGACUGCCUGGGAUGCGCCCUGCCGAAGAAGAAGGGCUCGCCAGGCGGGUCGGAUGUGUCUCCGUCUCACUGCAAAAACGCGAGAGACGGGGGGACCACGUCGAGUGGAGCCGGGAAAGUCGCGAAGCGCCGCCCCGCGGGCAAGAAGGGCGCUUCCGGGGCCGGAGGCUUCGCCGGCACUGGCCUCUUCAGCGGAGACAAGCGCAAGAGAGGGAAGACCGAAGAAGAAGAGCUGGCGGGCAGGAAGGAAGACGGGGGAGCCCGUCUGUCCCCCCUCAAGAAACGCGCAGCGCCAGAGCGUCGUUCCUCGGCGAAGGAACAGAAUGAGAGGGGGCUCCAGGCAAACGAGGAAGUCCGAGCGGGCUCUGAACAGGAAGAGAAAAGACACACCACGGCAUCGUCGCCCUCGGCCUGCAGCAGCCUCGAGCAGCUUCAUCCGUCUCCGGUGCCCGCCUGGUCGCCGCCGUCGGAUGUGGAUUUGAAGGACGCUUGCGCAGGUCCCAGGGGUCGGGCGCCGCCAUCGCUCUCUGGCGUCUUCGCCAGAGACCUCUCUACGCGUUCGCGCUGGGCAAGCUACACCGCCUGCGGGAGCUCGAAGAAAAGCGUGAAGGCCAACGCUGAGGCUUCCAGGCCCGGAGACGCGCAGAGUCUGGCUGGGGCGGCAGACAAGUGCGACCACGGUUCCACAGAGGGGGAAGAAGAGGCGCAUCUUUUGCAGCAAGCCUUCGAGGUCUACUCCGACGCAGGAGAGCCGUGGGAGACUUUCACCGCGCCUCUUCUCUCGCCUCGUCUCGGCCGCGCCUCGUGGACUAUGCUGGGAUUCGUUUUGAGAGGCAGCCAGACGACGGUGAUCGCGCGAGCGGGCUCAGGCCGGCUGCACGAGGGCGGAAAAAAUCGACUCGCGUCGGGCGCUUCGAGUUCGGGGGCCUCUGCGACGCCGAAAGGGGGGGGCAGGGGGUUGGGCGGCGCGGGAAGAAAAACAGACAGCGUCAUUCUCUCGUUCCUCGCGCGAGUGUGCCGGAAGCUGAAACUCGCUGCGCUGCUCAAGUCGCAAAACCAGGCGAUCGCGACCAUUUUGAGCGACCCCAUGAGUCUCUCAGGCCCCGCGGAGCAACUCGCUGGGGACGCUUGGCGCGAUUGGAGAGGCGAGCAGACAGGGCCGCAGGCUCCCGUUGCAACGCACGACUCCGCAGCGCGCGACCAGGCGCUAGAAAGAGGAACGGAUCCGCGAACCGAAGUACGCGCGGACUGCGGAUCACUCAAUCAAGAGAAUCCACCUGUCUCGGGGUGGGCUCCGCCACCCGGAACAGCGAACUGUUACGCGCCUCCGCCGUUUCAACAGGGAUCGACUCCCAGCCAAGGAGUCUCAGCGGCGAGUCCUUACGGGCUUCCGGCUUCCGUACCCGCCUUGCAGCCCAGUGACAGUGCCCUGUCGCCGCGAGCGUUCGUUGCGGGAAUCCGGUCCUUCUUCGAGCCUCAGUCUCGAUUGCGUGUGGCGGAAGAGUCGCAACUUGCCUCGGCGGCACAGCACUCCGCUUGGCUCUCUCCGGGUGUCUCGGCGGACGGCAGGCCGUCAGCCUCUGCGCCCGGUGCCUCCGCAUUGGGAGCCUCCGCGACGGCUCCGUACGCAGGCGACGGCAGAGUUCCCGAAGACGCGCCCGCGUCAUAUUCUUCGUCGCUUGCCGCUGCAGCGUCUGCUCAGAGCGCAGCGUAUCCGCGCGGUUCAGUCCACUCGGCGCACACGGGGACAGAUCUGGGGCCCCAGUACGACGGCCGCCGUCUUGCCUUCGAGGGACCAGGGCCGACCGGCGCAGGAUUCGGGGAGCCGGCUUGCUUAGGCCCGCCUCUGUCUUCGCAGGGCUCUCCAUUCGUGUGUGGACCCCAGGCAGGCUUCCCGGAGGCACGCGGAGUGCGCGCUGGCGGUGUUGGUCGUUCCGCGCUGGCGGGACGCGCCUCCGCGCCUCUGCAUGAUCCCUCUGGCUGUCCUGGGCAGCCAGCGAGUCUCGGCUGCGGCGCGCUGCCUGGACUCGGCGACUCGAAGGCGCUUGUGGAUCCCAGCGCGCGACACUCAGCCGCGGAGGCGGGCGCGUGUAGUCUCUCAAGCCCAGCGGCCGCGGCUGUCGGCGGCGGCGGGGGCGCCCGGCUUUUCGACGUGCCCGCAGCGGCGGCGUACCCUGGAGUGGACGGCAGUUUCUGGUCGAGCGCCCAGCACGAGAGGAGCGGCGCGCCGGAGGAGGAUGAAAGACGGAAGGUGAAGAAACCCAGGAAGAACUCGAGGACCGCAGGGACGGAAGAGAGGUUGGCGUGGGAAGAAGUUUACGACGUCGCUGUGGAAGAGGACGCGGACGAAGAAGCAGCGAGAAGGGCGCAAGAACAGAGCGCCGCGGCGGAGGCAGGCCUGGAAGCGGAGGGUCAGGGCAAGGAAGCGAACGGAAAGGGCCUUGACCAGCCCACACAGGGCUCCGCUCAGGAGAAGGAUAUUCUACGCGGCUAUUUCAAAUCGCGCGUCCGCAACCGGCGCCUGCGAGACGGGCUCCGGCUGCGUAUGGCUGCCGUGCUCAUGUGCAAAGGCUUCUACGAUCUCGAGUCUGUCGAGCCGGGGGGCUCUAGGCGACGCGGCGUGAGGGAGGACCUUGGUGAAGAGGAGGAGGAAACGGAGGAGAAGUGCCUCUUCUCGAACCCCAUCUCUCAGAGACCUUGCGACUUCAUUCUCUACUUUGAUACACGCGAAAACCGGGACAACUCAGUGGCGACUCUAAACCAGUCGUUACCGCCUCCACCGCCGAAGCUUCACCCGAAGAGUGGCGAGUCGCACUCGCGUCGCGCGCUUCGCCAAAUUUAUGACCACUUUCUGGAGCCCAGAUGCCAAGUUCUAGAGGAUAAAUCGCUUAAGGUCAAGCGCGGCGUCAUCAACCUCUUUGGCUUCCCUCGUUUCUACGUCAAGCUUCACUGCAGUUUAUCAUGGGACGAGCGCCUGGCGCUGUUUUCCUCGUUCCUUCACUGGCUGGGGCGUGCCGACGACUCCGUUCCGCCGCCGUGGUCGCCUUCGGAGUUGCAUCCCGAGCUCCUGGCGUAUUUAGUGGACUUGGGCCGGAGGGGCUUCGCAGGCGGCGGCUCUGCGACGACCUCAGUCGUGAACGCCCCAGAUCUGCCGCUCGACGAUGCCGCGCUUUCCAAGAAGAACGCCGCACUCAUUCGCGCCUACAUGCAGCAGGACGCUGGAGCACAGGCUUCUGCCUCACCCAGCGCCAAUGGAGGCGAAAACUGUGACUUGCCACGGAAGGAAGAAGACGCAGACGAGGCAGAUCGCGAGGAAGGAAGUCUCGGCACAGACGGACUAGGCAAAGACAACCGAGGCGCCACGAGGAGCGGGGAGGGAGCAAAGGACGAGGCGGACGAUGAGAGGGGGCAGCACGAAGAAGGCAAUGGAAGCGCGCCGUCGCGCGCUCGGGAAGACGACGCCUCCAGUUCUGCGAGUGGAAACGACGCCAAAGGAGAAGGCGGCACGGCCGCAGGCUCUCUGCUUCGCCUGCCGUCUCUCGGUGCCUUCAGCUCGCAGGGAGUGGACUCUGAGCAUGUGCAAGGUUCCAACGCGGCGACGCCGCUUGGAGCGGAAUGCAGCAGUGCGCCCUCGCCGCUCGCUACGUCCGCAGGCCUAGACCACGUCCGAGCAGCUGGCGGCCCAGAUUCCUCGCCGGCUGUCUCGGAAUUCGCUCCACUCGCGUGCUCCCCGUCAUCCUCCUCGACCCGCGCCGAGAUAUUGACUGUGCCCGGCGUAGGGCUGGUAGACUUCUCCCUUCCCGAUGGAGUGAAAUUCGACAAGAGCAAGCUUGCGUUCCGAUGCUACUGGCGCGAAGGCCACGGGAACCUGCUCAACGCCGGCACAGGAACCGCCUUGUCUCCCUCCUCGAUAGGCGCUGCAGGAACUGCAGCGGCAGGCGCGCGCCAGUCACUGUGUGUGGCGCAGAAUAAGAGCCGCACCUUCAGCUGCCGCAAAUACGGGCUCUACCAGUCCCGCGUUCUCGCCCUACAGGCCCGUCUCCUCUCCGAGCUCCUCUGGCCACAGCCGCCGUCGCCUGCCCGCGUCAGAGUCUCCGCCAUUGCCGCGCUCGUCUACGGGUUGAUUGCUGCGCCUGUGCCUUACCCGGAGCCCUGGCUGGCCGUGUGUGGGGUGGCUGUCUCCGAGGACGUACUGCGGCAGCGACGAGAAGUGUGGAGAACGCUUCUGGAGCCCCGUCAGUGUCGACCGCCGCCUGCCUCUCUGCAGCAGCUCGCGCUGCCUCCCCCGUCGAUGCCGGCUGCGUCACUUCUGUGCGGGCGGACACCAGAACUGCCGAAGGGGCGCGAAGGAGACGGCGAGGGGGGUUUCUAUCGAGCUGUGAACCCGUCGACCAAAGCAGAGCUACCUUACGGCGGCGAGGGAGCCUCCGCAGAGUGUGCAUCUGCUUGGCUGAGGAGGCCGCCAGCGGACAGACACGUGCCUGAGCAGCACACCUUGUACCCAGGUCAGGGGGGUGUGCCAGGACCAGGAGGGGGAACUAGCAUGCAUUCGGCGCCGUGGCCCCAGGGCAUUCCGGCGGACGCAAUGGGCGUCGGAUCGCGCCUCGCUCCGGCGGCCGGCCUUCAGCAUGCUCUGGGGCCCGAGGGAGAGAGCUGGGGGCGUCGACCAAGUUACGGGCUCCCGCACCCCGGGGGGACAACGUGUAGGGCUCCGGCAGUUCCCGGCUUCCCUUUCCCAGGACUGCCUGAUUCGAGGGUUGUUUCGCAUCAGGGUUGUCCUCCUUUUUCGCCUUUCCCGACCGCGCAUCGUCCUCCGUUCAUGCCCGUGAGCGGGGCCGAGAACUCGGCGCCGCGAAUGGACGGCGUUGUCGCACAGGUGAAGACAGAGGCGUCUCCGCACUUGGUGGAGACGUCUACGGCGUCGUUGUGCGAGCUGGAGAAAACGGACACAUCUCAGGAAAGGAGGAGGAAACCUACUUCCAAGGCGAAGAAAGUGGAUGGAACGAGCGAGCCGCCGUCGCCACACGUUUCCGCCUCGAUGGGUCCCCCGGGCCUGCCGCCUUUGCACGGAGGUAAUGUAGAAAGGCAGGGCGGCUCGAAUGCCCGACAGGCGGAGACUCUCGCAGGAAGGCCUGUGGACGGCGCCCGCACGGAGGUGGGAGGCGCAGCCUCAUUCGCCCCGCGAGACGCCCGUGGUGCAGAGGGAACGGCUCCAGCUUCUCAAGGAGCUAAUUCUAUGGCAAGAGACGGCCGCUUUGUUGAGCAAAGCGCUUCCUUUGGUGGCGCGUGCGCUCCGAGAGGGGUGUUUGCCUCUGGCGCGGCGUUUCACUCAGGCGGCACGCCUGGAAGCUCGUCUUCGUCGACUCCUCAUAUGUCCCCUGUCUUCGGGUGCGCUCAGAAGAGCGCCAGCGACUCGCCCUUCGCGCAGGCCUUGCCUGCCGGCUACGGUCCACAGGUGUCCCAAUCGCCUGCGUUCUCACCGCGACAUCCUCCCGCCCACCCGCCCGGCGACUUGGAGGACGGCAGGUUCGCCAUCCCUCCUUCCGCGCGGCCGUACCCGAACCAAGGAGGGGACGCGGCUUGGGGCAGCGGCGCAUCUGACGGAAUGCGAGAAGGCGAAGGAGACCCUGCCGAGGAGAAAUCGAGAAAGCGAAGGAAGAGCGUCACGUCGUUGUCUUCUCGCGGAGGAGAGAGUCAAGUCGCUCAUCCGGCGAUGCAGCCCCUGGCGUUCUCCGCAGGCGGCGGCCCAGGCGUCAUGCCAGGUGCCCGGUACAUGCCGCAGCCAGGCGCGCCUGUGGCGCACCUUGGACCUUCUUUGAUGGCGUCGCCUGAUGGGAGAGCGUCGGGCUUUCAGCCCGCGGCGUUCGUGUCGCCUCCUCUUGGACCCGGCGACUUGAGACGGCGACGCAAGUCGUCGGGGGGCCUCGAAGAGGACAUCCGCGGGUCGCGCGCGCCCGGCGACGAAGGCGACAUCGCGCUCGUGGGAGACGGCUCUAAAGCAUGCGGUGGCAGGGAAGGCGCUUCGAAUGCAUCGGCGCAGCAGCUGUCAGCUGAAACCUUGACUUUCCUUUUAGGCGCUAACGUCCUGUGGGAAGAGAACGAGAAACGCUGGUGCGUGCAUGUGCGGCCGCCACACGGAAUGGGAGAUGCAGACGGGUUAUCCGGAGACAAAAUGCGGAAGAGAGACAGUACCGCUUCGGGUGGAAACCAAGAGCGAGCGUCCACCGGGCAGGAUCAGGAGGAACCGCACAAAGCCGGCACGCUAGAGUGGGUCUCGUACUUCCAGCUUCAUCAGGCACUGAAGCUUCAGAACCAGCUCGUGGGCAAAAUGGAAAGGGGAAAGGGUGACGGUGGCAACGAGGAGAGGGUGGGUGGCGACAAGAACGGAAACAUCUUUUUUGACGCCAGCGACGCAGAUGAGAAUGCGAAGAAGGCCGCCCUUCUCAAAGCCAGACGGUGGCUCAGGCGGCGAAUUGUGCAAGGGCAAAUCCUCGUCACCGGCUUAUCUCGAGACGGUGUCUUUGCAUCUGCCGGUGGCGAACCUGAGAGGAGCAACACCAUUUCGUCUUCGUCCUCAUUGUCUUCUUUCCAAGGCGCGCUUUCGGGCGACAGAAGCAUGCACGCCAGCGAGGCGCAUCCGCCCGUUUCCACGUCCUUCUCUUCCGGCACGCCUGCAGGGCCUCAUCGCUCGUCGCUCCAGACGCCCCACCCACAGGCGCCGGUCCCCGCGUACCAGGGAGGAGGGGGGGAGUGCAUGCCCUCUCAGACGUUUCAGCCUCAAACAGACAGUCGCGCCUACGGGGCGAUCGGCUUUUUCCUCGGGACCGCAGCGGGCCAAGUGGACCCAGCGGGGAGACGGGAAGACCCGGAACUCGCCCGGAGGCCCAGCACAGGAAGGGAGCAAGGCCACGCCUUCGCCCUGCCUGGAGACGGACAUGGAAGGGGCGAAGCGGGUUUCUCUCCAGGGCAGAGCCAGCAGCUCGGCAACGAGCGCCAGCCACAUCCGCAGCACGUGUCUUCGUCUGCCGCACACAGUUUCGCCGUUCCGCAGGCUGCUUCCUUUCUGCCGCGUGGGGACGUCAACGCGUCCAGAGGCGCGGCGAUGGCACCACCGCGUGAGCAAGGGGUUCCUCCGGGACCGUACUACGUUAACGGGGGAUUCUGUGGAGUCAGUGGCUCACCGGCCUUUUCCGCUGCUGUCCCUCGCCCUUCGGCGUCACUGUUCCCGUUCUCCCGGCAGUCACCUGCGAGUGGGGCGGGAGACACGCCUGUGUCCCCAGACCGGCCGCCACAGGGCCAGGGCUCCGGACCUCAGUUUUCGGGUGCAAAGACCUCGCACGGUCAAGAAAUCCUCGCAGAGCCGCCUCGUUCGCUCGAAGGCAUGCCGCCGCCUUACCAGCCUCCGGUUUUCUUUCCUCCAAAUGCCGCUAGAGAAGACAGACAGAUGCCUGCGUUUGGGGGACCGGGCGCGCCGCCCUCUGGCCGUGCCGCCUUCUCGUCUCCUCCGUCCAACGUGAUGUUCAUGGGAAGAGGAGGCAGAGAGGGCCAAGAAGCAGGCGAUUCCGAGCGCCUCUCCGGGCUAGUUCAGACCGCUUUCGGCGGCCCCCGGGCCCCGGGUCCGGCGCCGAUGUACGGCGCGGGCGCAGACAUGGCGGUUCCACCUCCGGACGGUGACGCAAGAGCGAGUCGCCCAAACACUGGGAUGUCUAAUUCGUCUGGCCUUUUCCUCGCAGACAACGAUGCACGGCCGCAGUCCUCCGAGUUGCUUGUGCCAAAUGCGUGCUGGGGAGCGGCGCCGGCGCCGUUCGCACCAUCCGUGGGUAAUAGGGACGCAAGUGUGGGGUGGCCUGCUGCGCACGCGUCGUCAAACAACUUCUAUGACUUUCCGGGCGAGAACGCGCUGGGGCCGGGACUCCCUCUUCAUCCGGAGUGGAACAAAGUAGCGCGAGGGACGGGGUGA